CCCUGUUUGGAUCUUGCUGAUGAGAUAAAAUAAAUAAAAUAAAUUGCUUUCACGGCCAGUCACCUUCGCCUUGAGCUUCCCCGAUCCCGCAAUUCCUUCCGAAGGUGGUCCUGGCUGCGCUCUGUAGUGAACAGCCCACCUCCCCCUCGCCCUCUAUAUAUAACCGAACAAUGUCCAUUAUUGAUACCACCAAGGAUCUUUCGGCACUCUUCACCCACCAAGUCCGUGCUACCCCCGAUGCCCUUGCCUUAGAAGACGACACGGCCAAAUACACAUAUGCGGAAUUAGAUAAGGAGGUUGAGACCCUUUCCUGCCGCCUGCGGAGCUAUGGAGUUAGCCGAGACAGUCUGGUGGGGGUGCUUCUCCCACGAAGCGCUCACUAUGUAAUUGCCUGUCUCGCGGCCCUCCGUGCUGGCGGCGCUUUCCUCGUUCUCGAGCUGGCCUAUCCGCCGGAUCUGCUGGCAGAUGUGAUCGAUGACUCCAACCCCGCUGUGGUGGUUACCAUUAGUGGUGAGGUUCGCAAGAUCAAGGCUGGUGUGCCCGUAAUUGCUCUCGAUAUCCCUGCUACCGAGGUCGACGGUCACGCUAAAGAGCCGGGACCUCUGCCUGCUGAGGAUGAUUUGGAGCGGCUUGCAUUUGUCUCGUAUUCGUCCGGUACAACGGGGAAGCCGAAGGGCAUUGCGAACCCCCAUAGAGCCCCGGUGCUCUCAUAUAAUCUUCGCUUUGGCGUGCAGGACCUCCACCCUGGAGAUCGUGUCGCCUGUAAUGUCUUCUUUAUUUGGGAGAUCAUCCGCCCACUGCUGCGUGGAGCGACCGUCGUCGCGGUGCCUGAUGACGCCAGCUACGACCCGGCUACGCUGGUUGACCUUCUUGCUUCCAAGAGAAUCACCGAAACUCUGAUGACCCCCACGCUCCUGGCAACCGUCCUCUCCAGACAUCCGCAUAUUGGCGCUCGCCUUCCGGAUUUGCGCACACUCUGGCUGAAUGGCGAGGUCGUGACCACUGACCUUGCCCGUCGCGCGAUCAAGGCUCUUCCCAACACGCGCCUGCUCAAUUGCUACAGUACUUGCGAAACACACGAAGUUGCCUGCGGGGAUAUUCGAGAAAUACUAGAUGAAGAAUCACAAUACUGCCCCGUUGGUCCUCCCUUGGACCCAGAGAGAAUAUACAUUGUCGAUGAGGACGGACGGCAGGUAGAACCUGGAACAAGUGGAGAGCUGCUAGUCGGCGGUUCUCUGCUUGCUCGAGAAUACCUCAACCUUCCGGAGAAAACUCGCGAGGCCUUUAAACCGAACCCCUUUGACAGAGCUCCGGGAUCUCUCAUUUACCGCACCGGAGAUAUGGCCCGGCUGCUCCCCUCAGGUACGCUCGAGAUCACGGGCCGCUUGGGGUUGAUGAUUAAACUGCGCGGAUAUUCUAUCGUGCCCGGUAAGGUUGAAAAUGACAUCGGAAAGUACUUGGCUGUCCGUCACUGCGCUGUGAUUGCACAUGGCGAGGGCCUGGAGCGUCAGCUGGUUGCGUAUAUUGUUGUCGACAAGGACCAAUCUGCUGAGCGCCCAGCGGUUGAGAUUAACGAGUCUGGACAUAGCCCUAGCGCACGACGAGUCUUGUUACCGUACCUUGCCCCGUAUAUGAUCCCAGCAUUGUGGGUUGAAAUGGAAGAGCUCCCAACAAACGCGGUCUCCGGAAAGAUCGAUCUGAAACGCCUCCCCUCACCUCAUAUUGUUGAUGCCGUGAAUGGCAAUGGUCAAAAAGUUGAGGCCGAUCCAAUCGGCAUUGACGACAUUGCCACGAUAUGGGCCGCCGCGUUGAAGGUCCCUAAGUCUAUCCUGAAGGCGGAGGAUAAUUUCUUCGACCUCGGCGGCCACUCUCUUUCAAUUGCGGAUCUCUCCUCCCGACUUUCAAGGAAGUUUGGAUGCCGUGUCCCCAUCGCACGACUUGCGGACAACUCCACGCUCACUGGGCAUCUUGAGACAGUCCGUGCUGUUAGGGAUGGCCACACUGCUGCGGUGCAGGCUGAGCUCCCUGCGGUGCUACGCGCAGAUGCCACCCUUGACGAGGACAUCAAACCCUCAAACGCGAAUAUCUGUUCCAUUAGCGAUGCCGAAACGGUUCUUCUCACAGGUGUGACCGGAUUCCUAGGUGCUUUCCUGCUUAAGGACCUCGUGGACAGUACCUCGGCCCACAUCAUCUGUUUGGUCCGAUUCAAUGAACCAGAAGACGAUGAUCAGCCCAGCGGUGUCGCAAGAAUCCGUCGGAACCUCCUUGAUCUUGGUCUUUGGGGCGAUUCUAUCAUGGAGCGUGUGGAAAUCCUUCCAGGUAACUUGGCUCGUGGCCGGUUCGGACUUUCACCAGAGGCAUUCACCGAACUUGCCGCCCGCGUGGAUGUUAUCAUUCAUGCUGCAGCGACUGUUAAUCUGGUAUACCCCUAUGCUGCGCUGAGAGGGCCCAAUGUCGGCGGUACACGGGAGAUUCUACGCCUGGCCUGUCAGGGCGGUGCAACCGUGCAAUACGUCUCAACUAACGGCGUGCUGCCUCCGUCACCCGACAAGGGUUGGCCCGAGAACACCAUGCUUGCUGUUGACGAUGUCCCAGAGAAACUUCUGGAUGGAUACGGACAGACUAAGUGGGUGGCUGAGCAGCUCGUCCUCGAGGCUGGACGUCGCGGACUGCCGGUGAAGAUCCACAGAGCCGGUACGAUCAGCGGCCACAGCCAGACUGGUGCCGGCAACGCCUGGGAUCUUCUAUCUGCGUUGAUUGUCGAGUCAAUCAAGCUAGGAUAUUCUCCCGAUGUGGCGGGCUGGCGUGCAGAGAUGACCCCGGUUGACUUUGUGAGCAAAGCCAUCGUCCAUCUAUCUACGCACACCCAAGCCGAGCAAACGGUCUUUCAUCUUGGUGACCCCGCUCCUGUGAAUACGCGAUCUGUCUUUGAAGACUUGAAAGUGCUCGGAUACCCCACCAAGCCGCUUGCGUGGGACGAAUGGGUUGCGCUCUGGACGGAGAAGCGCGGAUCCGUUAAGGGGGGUGACGGGGCAUUUACAGUCGAUAUUCUCCGUAGUGGAAUGCCGACAAUUGAGUUCCUUCGCGGAAUUGUCGUUCUCGACAAUGCGGCUACCCGACCCUUCCGCGCAGAAGUCGAACGUCCCAAGGUCGACCGAUUUUUGCUCGAGACUUACACCCGACACUGGUUUGCCAGAGGAUGGCUAUCCAAGGCCCCGACUAGGCAAAAUGGUGUCGGCAGACCAAAGAACGCCAUCAGUCGGGGUCCUUUAAGCGGAAAGGUUGCGGUAGUCACGGGCGCCUCUUCUGGCAUCGGCGCUGCCGUUGCUGCUGCUUUGACGCGUGAGGGCUGCCAUGUUGCCUUGGGAGCUCGGCGUCUAGAUGCCCUCGAAGCGGUCAAAUCUAGCAUCUCUGGUUAUGAGGGCCAAGUCCUUCUCCACCAGACAGACGUUACAGACAGAUCGCAGGUGGAAGGUCUCGUCAAUGCAGCCAGUGAGCAGCUUGGUCCAGUAGAUAUCCUAGUUGCGUGCGCUGGCGUCAUGUACUAUACGAUGAUGGCUAAUAUAAACAUGGACGAGUGGGAACGCACCGUUGAUGUGAACUGCAAGGGUAUUAUGUAUUCUCUGGCGUCUACCGUGCCGGGCAUGCUAGCCAGAGGCAGAGGUCACAUCGUUGCCAUCUCAUCCGAUGCGGGUCGCAAGGUCUUUCCUGGCCUUGGGGUUUACUCGGGCAGUAAAUUCUUCAUCGAAGCUACUCUGCAAUCUCUGCGGCUGGAGACCGCGGGAACUGGCCUGCGUGUGACAAGUAUCCAGCCAGGAAACACGGCCACAGACCUGCCAGGAAUGUCGACCGAUGCUGAAGCUAUCAAGAAGUAUGGAGAGCCUUCCGGGGCGCAGAUUCUCGAUCCCACAGACGUCGCAAACUCCAUCAUCUACGCCCUGCGCCAGCCCGCACAUGUGGCUGUGAAUGAGAUUCUCAUUGAACCUAGAGAUGAGCCGAUCUAGACGACCUUGCUUUCUCUUGCCUUGAGUUCCACGGUAUUAAGCUCGGUCGAUACUUGACUUUGCCGCAACUCUAGACGUAUAGUUCUAGCCAUUUUAAUAUGAAUUAUAGAGUUCCUCACUUGCUGAAUUUCUAAACGCCUUCUUCUAUAGGUUUCUGGCCACUUUACUCCGCACUAAGAUCAUACGCUUCUUUCGGGCCUUUGUGAUCUGAAUGGCUUCUACUCAGAGGUCGAUACUGUAUCCGUAGCUAAAUAUCGAAUCAACAUCGAACGAAUCCAGUCUUGGUAAGGGGGCUGUGCAAUCUGGCGGAUGUCAGGACAGACGUUUAAAUCCCGACUUUAUUUGAACCUCAUCUGUCUCUUCCUUAACCGUUGAUUUACCAUUGUGCGUGCCUAUC